AUAUUAAAGGAAUCUGUGAACCUGAACUAGAAGAAAGAGAAUGUUACCCCAAGGACAUGCACUGCAUUUUUGUUGGAGCGCAGAGCCUGUUUCUGAAGAGCUUGAUUCAGGACACGUGUGCCGAUCUCUGCAUUCUGGACAUUGGUCUUCUUGGCAUCAGAGGAAGUGCCGAAGCUGUGGUCAUGGCUAGGAGUCACAUUCAGCAGUUUGUAAAGCUCUUUGAGAAUAAUGAAAACCUACCCAACAGUCAGAAAGAAUCAGAGGUGAAAAGGGAAUUUAAACAAUUUGUUGAAGCUCAUGCAGACAAUUAUACAAUGGACUUGUUGAUUUUGCCCACUUCCUUGAAAAAAGAACUUUUGACACUGACACAAGGUGAGGAGAAUCUGUUUGAAAGAGGAGAUGAUGAUGUUAUUGAAAUUAGAGAUUCUAAACAAACGGAGUUUACACAGAAAGCUGCCACAGGGCUGAAUAUUUCCAGAGAUGAAAUUGUUUUGCAGGAAGAUGCAAGAAAUAAAGCUGGGACUCCUGUUUCUGAGCUUACAAAACAAAUGGACACAAUCUUUUCUAGUUCACAAGAAGUACUUUUUGUUCCAGUUAAUGGUCUGACCCCAGAUGAAGAGGCACUUUCCAAAGACAGAGUAUGUCACAAAAGGAGAUUUUCUGAUUCUGAAGAAAGGCAUACCAAGAAACAAUUUUCUUUGGAAAAUGUUCAGGAGGGGGAGCUUUUACAUGAUGGUAAGACAUUAGCUGGAAGUGUAAUCAUUGACCUAUCUGAUUCUUCUACUGAUCCCGAAAAUUUAAGUCCAGAUAUAAAAGACACUACUGAGGAAAUGGAAUACAACAUCCUCGUAAACUUUUUUAAAACCAUGGGCUAUUCCCAAGAAAUUGUUGAAAAGGUCAUUAGGGAAUAUGGGCCAUCUACUGAACCAUUAUUGCUCUUAGAGGAAAUUGAAAAAGAAAAUAAAAGAUUCCAAGAAGACAGAGAAUUUUCACCUGGUACUGUGUAUCCAGAGACCAACAAAACCAAAAAUAAAGGUGUUUGUAGCAGCGUAAAGGAGCUCACAAUGGAUUCCACUCCAAAGAAAACACAAACUCGCACACAGCAAAAUAUGGUAGAAAAAUAUCCUCAGUUACCGUUCAAAGUAGAAUCAAAACCAUGUACCUCAAAUGGCAGAAUUAAUACUUUCAGAACAGUGCCAAUAGAACAGAAACAAGAAAUCUGGAGUUCAAAUCAGAACUACGUUGGUAACAUAGACCUCGAAACUGAUGGCCUUUCACCCUCUGUUGCCCCUUCAAGUCCCAAAGAAGUUGUCAGUUUUGUUUCAAGAGGAGCUUCAAGUCACCAGCCCAGAAUUCCAGUUUUUCCUGAAAAUGGUUUGCAGCAGCAAGCAGAACCUUUGCUUCCAAAUAAUAUGAAGUCUGCCUCUGAAAACCGUACGGGGUGUUGUAGCUCUCCUCAGUCUAAGCCAAGUUGUCCGCCCCUUUCUCCACCGAAGCCGCUGCCCCAGCUGUUACCUUCAGUUGCUGAUGCAAGGUUGGCAGGACCUUCUGAUCAUAUUGAUUCCUCGGUUACGGGGGUUCAAAGGUUUCGAGAUACUCUGAAAGUACCCUACAAGCUGGAGUUAAAAAAUGAACCAGGGAGAGCGGAUUUGAAGCACAUUGUUAUAGAUGGGAGCAAUGUUGCAAUUACCCACGGUCUGAAAAAGUUCUUUUCCUGUCGUGGAAUUGCAAUUGCGGUUGAGUAUUUUUGGAAACUUGGCAACAGAAACAUCACUGUCUUUGUCCCACAGUGGAGAACAAGGCGUGAUCCUAAUGUCACAGAACAGCACUUCCUAACCCAGCUCCAGGAGCUUGGAAUAUUAUCUUUAACUCCUGCACGGAUGGUCUUUGGAGAAAGAAUUGCUUCUCAUGAUGACAGGUUUCUGCUGCACUUGGCGGACAAAACUGGUGGCAUAAUUGUAACAAAUGAUAACUUCAGAGAAUUUGUGACCGAGUCCGUCUCUUGGAGAGAAAUCAUUACAAAAAGGUUGCUUCAGUAUACCUUUGUGGGGGACAUAUUUAUGGUUCCUGAUGAUCCUCUGGGAAGAAGUGGACCUCGAUUAGAAGAAUUUCUUCAGAAGGAUGUCUUCCUUAGAGACAUGCAGCCCCUACUCAAUGCCCUGCCAAGUGUGGGCAGGUUUGACCCCAGCUUCAGAGUCCCUGGCACCCAAGCAGCCAGCACCAGCCACCAGCCCCCAGCCCGGAUUCAGGGCACCCCACCCAGCCACUGGCUUCCUCAGCAACCCCGCUUCCCACUUCUGCCCAGCCUUCCCGGCGUCCGGCAGAAUCUGCCCAUGCCAGCACAGAGAUCUUCUGCGGAAACCAGCGAGCUGAGGGAAGCACUUCUGAAGAUCUUCCCUGACUCAGAGCAAAGACUGAAAAUCGACCAGAUCUUGGUGGCCCAUCCGUACAUGAAAGACCUGAAUGCGCUCUCUGCCAUGGUGUUGGAUUGAAGGCUGUCAGGAGCCGGGGCUCGGGGCUCAAGGUCAUGCUCAAGCUAGUGUCUGCACGGGCAGCGGGAAGCGACGUAAUGUGAAGAAAUCGAUUUCCCGGUGGAAGUGCUGUUGUGCUGUACAGAAGAAAAACAAGCAGAUGUUUUGUGUAUAAAAAAUCUGGGUUUUCAAAACCAGCUUUUUUCUAUAUAUAAAUUAUGCUGCUAUUACAGAUUUAACAUUUUCUGUAAAAGGAAAGUCUACAUUUUCUGCCUGUUCAGAACUGUUUAAUAGCAGUUACUCUCGAGUGUAUUUACAUUUUUAUGUUUUUUAAACUAUUUUCCUUAAAGCUAAAAAUAUUGACAAAUGGAUAUGAUUAGCCUUUCUAAAUAAAAAAAAAGAGUUGCUUUCUUAGGGAAAGCAAGACCUCUUAAAGUAUAUUUUCUUGGGAUGACUGUGUCACAUCCACUGACAUGAAGUGUGCUCACCCCUCCAGCCUGCUCUGCCCUUACCCCUGGAACUCGAGUCGGUAGGCGUGGGUCUUGCUCCUUUGGGGUCUUUCAUUUGAGCCGUUUGUGAGAGUGGACAGGUGGUGCCACUAGAUGGCACCUUGUGCCUAGCCACUGCUAGUGACCAGGGCAGAGUCGGACUCACAGAAUAUCAGGGUGAAAAGAAACUUCAGAACGCACGCAGUCCAACCCUGCUCUCCUUCCACCCUACAGAAGAGGGAACUAGGCUCAGAGUGCUCACCCUCUGGACACACCCAAGUCCACAGCUGUGGAGCCGGUGGGCAGGGACCAGACUCCUCCUCCAGUGCUCUGGCACACUCACCAGGCUGAGGCCUCGCUAUACCUGACCUGACUUCAGAAGUCACAUCGGAGCCUCUGAAGAUAAUAGUGGGUUGUGAGGAAGUUUAAUGAAGAGCCCCAUUAUUAUGGUAAUUUGGUGUUCACAACCAUGGGAGACUCCCCAUGUGAAGUUUGUGCAACUUUGCCAAAAAAUGGUUUUCUAUUCUCAAGAAUGACCCAAGCCAAUAAAUAGCAUUAGUAGCUUCCAUGGG